UUUACCAAAGCGUCUUGUCGUCUCGUCUCUCCCAGUUUCCUGACCCCAUCAUAAAUAAAUAAAGAUACCGCAGCAAACGGAAAUGGAUGUGCUUCAUUCAUAAACCAGAGCCUUGACAGAUCGGGUCGGCUCGCUGAUCAACGAAUUGUUAAACAAAAGCCCACAAGCAACUUCAAAAAACCUCGCAAAAACAAAAGCAGCGUACACAGCCAUGCCGGAAGAGAAGGAUAUAUCCGGAAAUAUUUUGGAAAACGGACAGGCCACGGCUACGGCCACCUCAACGCCCAGCAAGUCUAAGCAGCAGAAUCAGCGCCAGAAAACGCCCACAAGGCGGCGUCCCCAUGAUAGUGAUGUGGUCGCUGGGGGCGUUGGCAUCACCGGUGGCGGCGUGGUCAUCCUGCCGCAGCAUGUGCUCAACGAACUUUAUCACAACUACUCGAUUAAGCAGCGGCGCAGCGGCCUAAAAUGGUUCCUGUUUGCGGCCGUGCUCUUCAAUGUUUGGACCAUUUGCAUACCCUGGGAUCAGGCCAUACCUACAAGAGUGGUCAACUGUUGCAUGCUGGUGGCAUAUUUGGCUUUAACGGCCUUGAUGCACAUUGGACGACGUUCGGAGCAGCCUGCACUGAGACGCUUCCAUCUGACGUUCCUGACAAUUGUGCCGCGGGCACUUUGGUUCCUCUCCAUGCUCCACUUCGCCGCCUAUGUGAUGCUGCAGCCCAGCUUCUCUCCAAGGGAUGUACUUGGCUGGGCCAUUUUGCUAAACUUCCUGAUCUAUGUAACGCUGCCGCUUCCACUGAUUUUCCUUGGUCUGGUGAUUGGUUUCUGCACGUACUUCAAUUGCCUGAGUCUGCCCGUUGGCUUCUCUCGCCCUGAUCCUCUCAUUUCGGAUCAGGCGGCGGCCAAUGCAGUACUGAUAGCCACCGCCGCCUUGAUCGGUCUACUGUAUUACUUUAUGGGCGAGGCCAAGCAAAAGCGUGCCUUUUUGGAGGCCAAAAAGAGUCUGGAGGUAAAAAUGGUCAUCGAGGAACAGUCGGCCGAACAGGAACGUUUGCUGUUGUCUGUGCUGCCCAAGCAUGUGGCUAUCAAGAUGCGAGAGGAUCUGGGCUCAUCCAGUUCGGAGGCAUUUAAAAAGAUCUACAUGAGUCGACACGAGAAUGUGAGCAUACUCUAUGCGGAUAUUGUGGGCUUCACCGCAAUCUCCUCGACAUAUAGCGCCCAAGAUUUGGUUAAAAUGCUUAACGAGCUCUUCGCACGCUUCGAUAGGCUCGCCGAGAAAUAUCAACAAUUGCGCAUUAAGAUUCUGGGCGAUUGCUAUUAUUGCAUUAGCGGUGCCCCCGACGAGCGACCGGAUCAUGCGGUUAUGUGUGUGCACAUGGGACUCUCUAUGGUGAAGGCCAUCAAGUAUGUGCAGCAGAAGGCCAACUCACCUGUUGAUAUGCGUGUGGGCAUACACACGGGAGCUGUGCUGGCAGGCAUACUCGGCCAGCGGCAGUGGCAGUUUGAUGUCUACUCCAAGGACGUUGAGCUGGCUAAUAAAAUGGAAUCCAGCGGCAAGGCGGGACGCGUUCACAUUUCGGACAAAACUUUGGCCUUCCUCAACGGAGAGUUUGAGGUGGAGCCUGCCUUUGGCGAGAAGAGGGAGGAGCUGCUACGUAUAGCCGGAUUGAAGACCUUCUUCAUAACCAAGGUGGUAAAGCCGUUUGCCUCGCCAUGUGCCAAGAAAAUCAACGAAACGCAAGCGGAAAACUCACAACUCAGCCCCAAUGGAUCAACCACGGAUGUCGUUUCCGGUGGCGCAGAGGACAACGAUGCUACAUUAGACGAUGAGGAACUGUUGGCGCAGAGUGCCACCACAAAUGGCCAUCAAACAGCCGAGGCUGAGGAUGAGGAGGAGCAGAUCAAGCUGGAGAACUUUAAGCAGCGCUUGAAAGACGAGCUGGUCACACGAGAUGGACAUGAGAACCUCACCAAAGACACCAACAUCUUCCUGCGCUUCAAGAAUCCACAAUUGGAGCAAUCCUAUGCCGUGUACCGAGAGCCCUACAGCUCGCUGCCAUUGCUGGCGGCACUCUUGGUGCAGUGCAUCGAUGUGCUUUACUCGUACUUGGUGCUGCCACGCUCAACGCUUCAUUUCAUUAACAUAGCAGCGCCACUGGUGCCGAUUGCCAUGCUGGUGGUGAUCAGCAUUGCCGAGAGCUUCAGCGGUAUGCUACCCAAGUUCUUUGUGGAUGUAAGCAAGCGCUUCAAUGACAUUACCUUCGUGCGCGAGCUGGCGGCCAUAAUUAUCGCCCUCACCAUUGGCCUGAGCAAUGUCAUCGACAUGUUCUUCUUCGUCACCUUCGUGCGCACGGAGCACAUUGUGAGCGAAAGCGAAUUCAAUGCCACGGCUGGUCUGGGUUUGGGACUGGGUCUGGGUCUGGGUCUGGAGGCCGAUGUGGAUGUGGAUGUGGCCGGUGCUGAGGCGGUCACCGCCGAGCACCUGCUACCCGAAUCGUUUGUCGAACAAAUGCGCGAUGCAGUACCCACAGAACGUGUCCUAUAUCCGUCCUAUUUGAGCAAUUUCGGUGUCCUAAUAUUGAUUGCGAUUGCCGUGAUUGCACAGCUCACGCAUCUGACUAAAAUACUGCUGCUAUUGUCCAUAGCGGCGCUGCAUUGCUACUUCAACAUAUUCAUCAUGCAGGACCUGUACGCCCUGGAGGAUGACCUGGCAGAUCAGCCCAUCAUCUCCUCACGCUAUUGUGCCUCUGGGCUUUUGCUUGUGGCAGCCCUAGCUCUAAGCACCUUGGCCAGACAUAUGGAUCACGAGGAUCGUGUUAUCUUCAAAUGGAAAACCGAGGUGGCGGAACAGAAAGAGACCGCCAACGAUAUGCGGCAGCGUAACGAGGCUUUGGUAUACAAUGUGCUGCCGGUUCAUGUGGCUGAGCACUUCAUGAAGAAUACCAAACGAUCACACGAUGAUCUCUACUCUCAGAGUUAUUCCGAGGUGGGAGUAUUGUUUGCCAGCAUGCCAAACUUUUCAGAUUUCUAUUCGGAGGAAACGGUCAAUAAUCAGGGCCUGGAGUGUCUACGUUUUCUAAAUGAAGUUAUCUCUGAUUUCGAUGCGUUAUUGGAGCUGCCACAGUUCCAGGACAUCAUCAAAAUUAAGACAAUUGGUUCUACUUACAUGGCUGCCAGUGGCAUUAAUCUUCAGCGGAAUCUUCGCUCGGAUGCUUCCAUCACCGAACGCUGGGCCCAGCUGGCCGUGCUCGUUGAAUUUGCUCUGGAACUCACGCACACUCUGCAGGGCAUCAAUGAGCAGUCCUUCAAUCAUUUUGUUCUCAAGAUGGGCAUCAAUCAUGGACCCAUAACGGCGGGUGUGAUCGGUGCUAGGAAGCCACACUACGAUAUCUGGGGCAACACGGUGAAUGUGGCAUCGCGCAUGGAGAGCACCGGCAAGGCUGGUGCCAUUCAGGUCACCGAGGAGACCUGCAACAUUCUGCAGCAGUUUGGCUACACAUUUCAGCAGCGUGGCCUGGUGUCGGUCAAGGGAAAGGGCCAAUUGAUGACCUACUAUUUGCAGGGCAAGUCUCAGCCUUGUGCAGAGCCAGCAGCGACACCAGCAGCCAUUGAGCUACACGAGACGACUCUGGAGUCCACCACAGAGCUGGAUAUCUCGGACAUCAAGACGCCGCUGCUUAAACUCAAGGGCCAGGAGGCGCCAGCGGCGGAGAGUGGGCCGGCGUCCAGUCUGGGCAAUGGCAGUGCCGGCCAAGUGGGCGAAUCUCAAUCCUUAUUGGAAUAAUUUACGAGUCUUUUCCGUAUUGCAUAUUUUCAUUUGCAUUUCCAUUUAGUCUCUACGAGUGUGUGUGUGUUUGUGUCGUCUGUGUGCGUGUGGCUGUGCUGAUUAUACUCUUAGAUAACUGUUGCUAUAUAUUUUUGCCUCCGUGUGAUAUUCCAUAAAAAAACCAAACAACCAAAAAUUCGAUUUUAGUUCAAAAUUAAAAAUUAUAAACUGUGUACCUAAGAAAACUAAAGAAAAAGCGAUGAUGCAUAACUUUUAAAUAUAUAUUUAACUAUGGCUAAGUACUUUUAAUUACUUGUGAAUUAACUUUUGUUUCAAACAACAACAAAUUGUUAUCUGAUUUUCAAAGGAACUGUAAUAUAAGUGAACCCUCGUGAACCCCCCACUUUGCUUUACAAAAAACAAAAAAACUAUUUAACUGAUGUGUAGUUGAAGUAGGACAAAACAAAAACAUUCACUUUUGCAUCUGAAUGUUUCAAAUAACGAGUAUUAAUUAUGUAUGCUCAUUAACUAAAACCAUAGUAAUUAUAUACAUAUGUAUGUGUAUUACUAAAAUAUACAAAUAUGUAUGCUAAGUCCUAGAAUCCGUAUCCCACCACAAACAAACUGCAACCCACAAAAGAAGUCCAACAAAAUAGUCGAAUGAAAAUUGAAUAACUAUAAAUUAUAAAUUAGUUUAUGGGCAUAGAAAUCCUAGGCAAGUGUACUAUUAACUACGUUAACAUAUACAUACAUACAUAUACAUAUAUAAACACGGAAGCAUACAUACAUAUAGUGCAUAUACAUACUUAUAGGCAUAUACAUAUAGUUAAUAUACAAAUUAAUAUAUAGCAUCUGCAUGCUUAUUAGAACAUUUCAACGAACUAGCAAAUGAAGCAAACAAACGAAACGAACUUACAUAGCGAACAAAU